AUGGAAACUGAGUGGGACACUGCCAUCGCCCGUCAUGAGAUGUUUUCCCCCAACUGGUCCCGGUUGUCUAAAGGGGAUACAAUUUCAGUUGUCAUCAAUGGCCUGGUUUUUACAGAGGAGGUUGUCAUUGGUCAGUCGCUGCCGGACAAUCAGCCGAUUCGACUGUAUGGUGACAUUGAUGCUCAGGUGCGUGGCUGUAAGUGUUUGACUGUGUUGGGUGCUGUGGUUGACUUCAAGCCGCCGUUUGUGGAUUUGUUGUUAACUGACUUAAGCAUGACCCUUGCCCAUGGACUCAAACCUGCUGCCGACCUUUUCAAGACUGUUGAAUUUUGUGCUGGACUUGGUGCCACUGGUGUUGGACUUGCUGCUGCUGGUUUUGACUUGGCGUGCAGUGUUGAGUGGCGUUCCCCCCUUGCUGCUGUCUAUGAAACUGUGCACCCCACCGUCCCGGUUAUCGUUGGAGACAUCACUGAGUUGGAAUGCCUCAAACAGGUUGCUGCACUGGUGGACUCUCCGUUCUGCCUCACAGCCGGAAUCAGCUGCCAGCCAUAUUCCAUUGGAGGAGCUCAGGGAGGCAGCACUGAUGAGAGAUCAAGCACACUGCCAGCUACCAUUCGUGCUUGCUACCUUUUUCAAUGCCCGCUCCUGAUCCUGGAGUGUGUACCGCCAGUCCGUACCAACCGGUACGCGAGAUCCCUUCUUUUGGCUCUGGAGAGGGAAUCGGGGUACCAUUUGACUGAGGUCACACUGCGCUUAGAGGACACAUGGGCAUCACGCAGGUUCCGUUGGUGGCUUGUUGCGACACAUCCAUCACUUGGCAAGGUCUCCAUCCCUGAUUGGCCACAAGCUCCAGGUUUGGUGGUUCGUGAUCUGAUGCCUGUCAUCCCUUCUUGGUCAGACGAAGUCAUUGAGGAGCUUCGACUAAAACCCCAUGAAACUAGCAUGUUCACGUUGGAUGGAUCACACAUGAGGAAGUAUGUGUUGCAACUUGAUCAGAAGAUGCCGACAUGUUUGCAUAGCUGGGGGAGCCCUGCAGAUCCAUGCCCAUGCACCUGCCGAGCAGAGCCCUUCAGUGAAGCCUUGAUCAAGAGUAGGGGCAUUUAUGCUGUAGUGGUCCCAAUUCCAUCAACCACUGGAGAACCCCAGUAUCGGCACUUGCACCCUGCUGAACUUGCCGUCUUGAAUGGACUUGUGCCUCCCGAUGUUUGGACUUCUUCACAUCACCCAUCACUGCGUCUGUGUCUCUGUGGCGUUGGACAGUUGGCUUCUCCCUUGCAAGCGUUGUGGGUUGGGGCAUGUGUUCGCACUCAGUUGUUGCAUAGGCUUGGGCUCCCUGCACCAACGUUGACACCAACCGGUGCCUUGCAGCAGAUGAAACAGCAGCUGUAUGAAGCCGCCAAAGCCAUGUUUCUCAGUGCGCCAACCGUUGCACCCACGAUCCCAGAUCCAGAAGACGCCGAUGUUGUCCUGCUGUCCCCGUCAGAGGUUGUACUUCUGUAUGCUGACACCACCCAGGUCCGUGUCCAGGUGUCUCCUGAAGCCACUGUUGCACAGUUGCGCCAAGCAGAUGAUGCCUUGCAAGGAGUUGAUGACGGAAAGUGGAUCGAUGCAGUCACAUGCUGUGCGUUGUCAGGUGAUGACACUGUCAGUGGAAGGACCAUCCGAGUCUGUGCAUCCCCGUCCAGUGAACCCAUGUCGGAGCCGGCCAUUGAUCCCAAUGAGCUUGAACGUGAGGUACCGUUGGUCCCUGUCGGUCCCUUGGUUGUCACUCCUGCGUCCACGUCCAGCCCAGCUGAUGCCAUCGAGCCCGCCAGUCAGUCAGCCAUCAAGCGCCAUUGCACUGUUGAUGUUCGUUUGCCCAGUGACACGUUGCACGGCUUUUUGGACUUGUCUGGAGAGCAGUUGGCUGCUUUGAUCCCUCCGUUGGUUGUCACAACUGAGCAUUGUAGUGCCUUACGUCAGGCCACGACCACCAGCACCAUGCGUUUGCAGAUCCUGCAAAACCAAGGAGCUGCUAUGGCAGAUGAUGAGUUACACCUUCAUGUGUUGUCUUGCGUGCAACUCACAGGCCGCUUGGACUUGGCCUUCUUGGAUCCCUUGCUUGCCACUGGAUGGCUUCGGUGCGGUACAGUUGAUCAAGUCAAGACAUGGAUGCACAGUGUCCCUCAUGCCACCUCCAUUGUCAGUGUUGUUUUGCUUGACGGCCAUUGGAUUCCAAUUAUGUGGUCACGUGGUUUGAGUGAGGUCCGUGUCACAAUGUGGGAACAUGAUGAUGUGUCCAUCGAGCCUCUUUUCCCUUUGCAUGGACUCAUCAGCCAAGCUUGGGAACGACCCAUGUUCUCCCUGGCAUGCUACCGCCGAUCAUUUGCCAGAGACCACUGCGGUGCUGCGUCGGUGUGUUUCUUAGGCCAUGUCUUACUCAACAAGCCUUUGCCUGUCCACGCUGAGGACCUCUUGCGCAUCCAUGAGGAACUGAGGAGCAGUUUUGGUGCAGCCCUUGGACUUUUGACAGAUGUGCCCAAGCCAUGGGGUUGGGGCCUUGGUGUUCCCGAUGUUGUUGGUCUUGUCUCCAACCUGCUGCAGCUCCAUGGUGUCCCGCAUGCCCAGUGUCAGUUACGUGCCAAGAUGCUGAUCCAAAGCUUGGGAAAGACGGAAGUCCAAAGUGCUGUCACUGGAAUCACGCCGUGGAAGUCACUGAAGAUUUUGGCCAAUGCACACAAGCCGGUGAUCCAGCUCGUGCUGCCUGACGAGCAAGCCCAGUACGCUGCAUCCAAGCAAGCAUCCGCCCCACAAGCCAAGAAACAGCCAGGUGGUACCAAGCGCCUUACACCCGCCCGACCAGCUGAGUUGGACCCUGCCAAGCUGGUCAUUGACCAUGGAGCCUUUUGUGUGGAUUGUGAUGAACCUCUCAUGCAGACACCAUUCAAUGCUCUUGGCCCGCUGUCAGUAGGAGUUGCACUGGCCACGUUCCAGGAUGCCAAGCCUUUCUUGGAUGCAGGCUCCCUGUUGUCAUCUGGUGGACUUGCCAUGCUGAUCAUCAACCCUCCAGCUGAUUUUGCCACGUCGCUGCAAUGGUCCUCUUUGCGGUUUGCUGCCAGGUGUGCUUAUAACCAGGAGCCCAUGUUGCUGUCAGGUGCACUUGUCCAGCUUGGACGGAAGACCGUAUAUCAGUACAAGGCGAAGAAUGUCCCUGCCAUCAUGUCAGUUGAGGUAGCUACUGUUUACUUUGACCAGUGGGAGCAAAAUUGGGAAGACUUCGCCAGCAAGCCUGUCAAGCAUGUCCUUGCCUGCAUCCCAUGCCUCCAGACCUGUCGCGUCCCGUCCUGUCAAUGUCCUGGCUGGCACCCGUCCCCGACUGACCAGCAUGAUGCUUUGUUGGAUGUUUUCCGCCGGCAGUUCUUUGGUGAAAAUGGCCGUCCUACCAAGUGGGACAAAGCAGACUACUUUGCUGUCCUGAUCAGGUAUGUGAAGUGUUUGGAGCCUGCCGUGCUUACAUUGAGCGGCCGCUGUGGCCUUUUCAUUGAACCCAAAACUGAGGAUGCAAUGCAGCCACAUGGUGACUACCAGGUCAUCUGGUUACCCAGCUUGGACUUUGCCACGGUGUCUCACAAGGCCAAAAUCGAGGCUCACUGUCUGGGAAUUGCCAGGUCAGGACGACGCUAUGGACUCCGCGUCAAAGCCCAGCAUUUCCAAGAGGUCUUUGCAAGUGUAAAACCUGAAGCAGUCUUCCUUGCUCCUAGGUCUCGGAUGACCUACCAUACUGGCCCAUGGCCGUAUGGAUGCGACAGAAAGAGCAUCGCUCGUGCUCUCAAAGCGGCAGGCUGGAAAGCUCGACCUUUGCAACCGCUGCAGAAUGUGCCGGGUGGUCUUGUCUGGUCAGUCCAAGCAGUUUGCGAGCCCCCAACCAAUGUGCUUGCCAUGCAGCAUGGGCAGGUCGUUUUGACACGCCAUGACACAAAGCCAGCACCAGCUGAGUUGCCGCCCAACGUUGUGGGUCAAGAGGCCACAGUGCGCAUGUGCUCCACCAUGCCUACCACAGAAACGGAUCCGUGGCUCACGCAUGACCCGUGGAAGAAGGCCAUCGCUGCAGCCCCGCAGCCACCCGUGCCUGCUCCAACUGCCAAUGCCCUGCAGGAGUUGGAAGACCGAGUCGAGCGCAGCAUCUUGGCCAAGCUGCCCCAGCAGAAUGAGGGUAUGGAGGUGGAUGACCAGGACCAGCGCAUCGCCCAGCUCGAGAUGCAGCUGCACCAGUUAGCUGGACGCCAGACCCAGCUGGAAGCCACUGUCUCUGACAACCAUGCCCAGCAGUCCGCCCAGGUCCACAACCUCCAACAGCAGAUGUUGGUUCAGAUGGACCAUCAAUCCAAGCAGAUGCAGACGAUGCUGACAGACCAGAUGAGCAGGGCCUUUUUCCUCGCCUUUUUGUUUAUGCAGACUUGCCGCAUUGGUGAAGCUCGAAAGCCUGGCCCCAACACUGAUCCGACUUGGAGCAUCGGGAUUUGCAAUCCCUCUGGAUUGCAAGGGAAGUAUCAGUUGGUUAGCGGUGUUGACGCCAACAUUCUGGCCAUCAGCGAGUCUCAUUUGACCAAAAGAUCCAUGCACAAUUUUGACCUUAGCCUUCGGGCGAUGCAUUCACGUUUCACCAGAGUGAUCACUGGUGCCCCUUUGGCACCUCGUUCCCACAGUAGCGAUGCUGGAGGAUAUGCCGGGGUAGCAUUCACCUCCACGUUCCCCUGCAGAACUGUAGCUGUCCCAUGGCCUGCAGAUGCAUAUGAGUCCAGCCGUGUUCAGAUUGGUUCGUUCUUCAGCCCAGCGGGAUGGGUCACAGGCUCCGUUGUCUAUGGAUACCCAGCCGGAAAAACACAUGUGGAUGCCAAGGCGAAGACAGAGCAGCUUUUGGAUUUUGUCGUUAAUCACUUGAACGCUGUGCCAGGUCCCCGUUUCUUUGCCGGUGAUUGGAAUUUUGAGAUUCAUGAGCUUGCCUUGGUUCCUCUUUUGCGUGCGGCUGGUUGGGUUGAAGUGCAGGACCUUCUGCAUAGCCGUACAGGCGCCCCGGUGCAAUUGACUUGCAAGGCAGCCACAAGAAAGGACUAUCUGUGGUUGUCCCCAGAACUUGCGUUGGGCUUUAUGGAUUUGCAAUUGGACUUUGAGACCUUUGCUGACCAUGCAGUGCUUGUGGCCCAGUUCCGCGGCGGUAUCCCUCACAUGGAACGUUUUGUCUGGCCUUGUCCGAAACCUGUCCCAUGGCAACAGGUCCCUGAACCCCCUGGCGCUUUGGACUUUCAAGCCCCAGUUGACCCCACUGCCCAAUAUGCUGCUCUGUGGUCUUCCCGUGAAGCUGCUGCCAAAACUGCACUUGCCGGCGACUGGCUCCCCAGUAUGCGUGGCCGUGGCCAACAAACCAAGCCAAGGCGAGUUGUGAGCAGACCUGCACCGAUCAAGCAAGGUCGCAGCACGGAUGUUCAGCCACACUUUUUUGGGUUUUCCGUUGUGCACACCCAGAGGUUCAAACAGGUGAGGAGGUUGCAAAAUUUUUGUCGAUGGGUUGACAAUCAUGCCAAUGGCCACUCGUCGGAUCCAUCUCAUGGAAUUGCCCUGUGGAAUUCUGUGCUGCGUGCCCCUGGUUUUGCACCUACUUUCGCUCAGUGGUGGCCCCAUCGACUAUAUGUCAGCCCAGCGGACCCUGUCGACAUGCCAGCGUACUGUCCUCCUCCGUGCGUUGCACAUCACAUCUUUGAUGCGGUCCUUGCUGAAGUCCGUCUGUUUGAACAGCGGUUGAAUCAGAUGCGUGCUGCCCACCGGAUCCAUCAACACAAGCUGGAUCGCAACCUGGUCUUUCGGGAACUUGCCCGACCACAGGCAGCGCCAGUUGAGUCUCUCCUUCACCAGGUGUCAGGAGUCGUGGAGUCGGUUGAUGUUGAUGAAAGUGCCAUUGAGUUGAAAGCUCCUGUAGAUGUCAGAGAUGACCUCACCCUGUGGGUCGGAGGUGCCCCCAAAACUGUCAUCCAUGCGGAAGCUGACAAGGUGUGGAUCGACGAUGUCACGGAUGUCACAGCUGAUGCAGUCAUGACCCAGUCUGAGCCUGUUGGGGAUUUGGCCACCAUUUUUGAUGCUUUCCACACCCAGUGGAAGCAGCGUUGGUGCCGGCAUGACAACACUUCGUUUCGUCAGUGGGACCAGCUCCUUGGAUUUGCCCAACGGAUCAUGCAUCCCACACCCAUUCCUCACCUUGCUGUCGAUGUUGACCUUCUCAGGGCUGAAGUGCACCGGAAAAAGAAAACCGCGGCAACGGGGUUGGAUGGUGUCAGCAGACAGGACCUCAUCCAUGCUGAUAACCAAACGCUCCAGAGCAUCACAAAUGCCUUUACCCGUGCCGAGACGGAUGCGGAGUGGCCAUGCCAGCUCUUGGCUGGCAAAGUCCAUUCGUUGGCCAAGCGCCCUGAUGCAAGUGGCCCCAGCGACUAUCGCCCAAUCACUGUCUUUGGUUUGGCUUACCGUGCCUGGUCCAGCCUUCAAUCCAGGCAUUUGCUUCAUUGGGCUGAAGAGUGGGUUGAUCCUGGAGUGUAUGGCAACAGAAAAGCCCGACAGGCCUCUGACCUUUGGCAUUGGUUGCUUUUGCAGGUUGAAACUGCCUACAGUACGGGCCAAUCAAUUUGCGGGGUCUCAGGGGACUUGGAGAAAUGCUUCAACUGCAUUCCACGCUACCCAGCGCUGUGCCUGGCCAUCCUUGCCGGGACACCUGCCUCGGUCACUACAGCUUGGGCUGGUGGACUUGCCCAGAUGAAGAGGCAUUUCAAAGUCAGGGAAUCUUUCUCUGCUGGCUUCCUCACCUCAACUGGACUUGCCGAGGGUUGUGGUCUCAGUGUGUACGGGAUGCUUCUUGUCGACCAUCUGUUCCACAAAUGGAUUUCCUUCCAGUGCUCCCCCGUACGUUCCUUGUCGUAUGUUGACGACUGGCAUGUCUUUACAUGGGACUCCCAGUCUGCCCUGCGUCAGUUGGACUUGGUUGUGGAAUUUGCCACCAUGUUGGACUUGUCUGUCGACCGUCGCAAGACGGUAGCCUGGUCAACUGACCCCCACCUCCGCCAGCUGCUCCGGUCUCAGCAGGUUACCGUUGUCCACCAUGCCAGGGAGUUGGGUGGCCACUUUGGGGUGUCCCGACAAUACACCAACAAAACAGUGGCACAGCGUAUUGAAGCUUUGGAAGACCUCUGGCCCAAACUUCGCAUGAGCAAGGCCAGAUACCAAGCCAAGGUAUACAUGUUGCGUGCAGUGGCCUGGCCGAGAGGUUUGCAUGCCAUUGCAAGUGCUCCCAUCGGUGACAACAUCUGGACUGAGCUCCGCCGCCGAGCCACGCAUGCGCUCGGGCUGCAGCGCCCUGGUGUCAACUCCAGUGUCCUGUUGGGCCUUGUCGAACCGUGCACGGACCCCCAACAUGUUGCCCUCUUGUGGACUUGCCGUGCUGCCCGAGCUGUCUGUGACUUGGAUUUUUGGUCUGUGUCGGUUGCUUGUGCAGCUCACGGUGAUGUUGACUUGCCCCCCAAUUCGGUCGCCUCCAUCCUCCUCACCCGGCUUCACCAGGUUGGGUUCACGAUUGACCGUCAGGGUUACGUCAGUGAUCAGUUUGGCCGCUUCUCCCUGCAUCACACCAACUCAGCACUUGGAUGA